AUAAAAUUCCAUCUAUCGGUGAUAAUUUGCACUAAUACAAAAGGAUGUUUUGAUUUUAAGAUUUGUCGAUCUGAAACUCAUGCUGAUUUACAAAAUACAAUCGUCAUAAUAGAAUAGAUAGAUUAAUAUGGGUGUCACUGGAUUAUGGGGCUUGAUCGAAGAUGCCGGUACACGUGUUGAUGUUCAAACAUUGAAUCAAAAAGUUUUGGCCAUUGAUUUGUCAAUCUGGAUCAACCAAUCCAUUAAAGGAUUUCGAGAUCAAGAUGGACGAAGUGUUGAAAAUGCUCAUUUAUUGGGAUUGUUUUAUAGAAUUUGUAAACUUUUGUUCUAUCAAAUUAAACCAAUCGUUGUUUUUGAUGGCGAAUGUCCGACAGUUAAAUUUCAUACUGUUCAAAAACGUCAAGAAAAGACAAGAAAAAAUAUACAAAAGUCCAAAAAUUUGUCAAUAAAUGUGUUGAUAAAUCACAUAAAUUCUCAAUUAGCUUCACAAUCAUCGACAACAUCAAUGGCCAUCUCAAAUAAAAAAAUAAAAUUGGAUGAAAAAAAAUUCGCAUCACAAAUCUAUUUGCCAUGUGAGAAUCACAAAGAAGUGGAUAUCUAUAAAAAUUUUUCUGAAUCUACAAAUGAAUCCAAAAUUUCAAUCGAAGACGACGACAACGAUGAAGAAGAAGAAAUUACAUUGAAAAAUGAAUCCUAUAACCAUCCUUUACUUCAAAACAUACAUGAUAUCGAUAUCCAUUCUGAACUUUUUAAAGUUUUACCCGCCAUUACACGUUAUGAGAUAUUGGUUGAAUUAAGAGAUAGCUACAAAAAUCGUAAGACUACCAACAUUGAAUUGUUACCACAAGAAUCGAAUAAUUUCUCACAAUUCCAGAUUUCCAAACUGCUAAAGAAACGUAGUCUACAGGAAGAGAUUGAAAAAUUAAUCGCAGAAUUUAAUAAUGUUCAAGGAAAAAAUAAUAUCGAAUUACUUAAAAAUUCUCAACAUAGUAGUCUUGAUAUAUUUACUUCGAAACCAUCAAGUUCUACAGAAAUAACCACUGGAUCGUUGGCUUCGGAUGAGCAUACUCGAUUUUUGCUGCUAAAAACAUUGAAUCAAGCAAUCGAAGAAUUCACUGUUGAAAAAGAAGAAGAAGAAACUUACAUGAUUGAAAAUUAUAAUCAAAGUCCACUUUAUAAAGUUCCUAAUGGUUUACCUGGUCAAUUCAAAGUCGAGACAGAUGCUGAACGAAUCGAAUUAUUAUCGAAAUCUUCCGAAAUAGUUCCUACUAAAUUUUCAUCAAAAAAAUUGUCCAAAGAUAUUGAUCGUAAUUAUAAAAAAUAUUCAACCAUUAAUACAAAUACAGAAAAUUUCGUUCUAAGUGAUGCUGAUGACACUGAUUCUACAAAUUCGGAGGAUUUCAUUGAAAUUCCUGUUGAUGAAGGUAGUAAUGAUAAAAUGGAACAGUUUGAUGAAUCAGUGCCUUAUGAUACCAGUUAUCGGAUGGACAUCCAUGUCAAAGAGCCAAGUCUUCCGGAAAAUACAACCCUAGAUGUACAAAACAAAACAAUGGAAAUCGUAAAUAAUAGCGAAAAAAUGAUUGAAAAAAAUGUUAACGAGGAUGUUAUUGAAAUAUCGAAUAAAGAAAUCACGAAAGCAAUUACACAGACAGAUGAUAUGAUAAAACUAGUCGAGACUGAUAAAAAAGAAAUCACAGAAAUAUCGAUUGAACGAAUAUCGACACCGAUUGACUUUGAUCAGAUGAUCAAAGAUACGAAAGAGUCAGCAAAAUUGAAUCGGCAGGCCAACAGUGUCACUAAUCAAAUGAUUCAAGAUUGUCAACAAUUGUUACAGCUCUUUGGCAUUCCUUGGGUUGUGGCACCCGGUGAAGCUGAAGCUCAAUGUGCUUGUUUGGAAUCGUUGGGACUUUGUGAAGGUGUCAUUACUGAUGACAGUGAUAUUUUCCUAUUCGGUGGUCAGAAUGUUUAUCGAAAUUUUUUCACCGAUUCCAAAUUCAUAAUGAGAUAUAGACUGGAAGAUUUGAUAAAAUAUUAUGGACUUGAUCGUUGCAAAUUUAUUUGUUUGGGCAUGCUAUGUGGAACAGAUUAUACACUUGGAAUCGAUGGUGUUGGUCCAGUUACUGGUAUGGAAAUUUUAAGUCAAUUUCCUGGGAAAGGACUUGAACCUUUGGAAAAAUUCUCCAAAUGGCAUCGGGAAAAAAACAGUCAAAAAGAUGUUCGUCCAGAGAAUUCAGUACGGAAAAAAUUUCAAUUAUCAAUACCUGAUUCAUUUCCUAGCCGAGUUAUUUUCGAUGCAUAUCAAAAUGCAAAUGUUGAUGAUUCGAAUGAACCGUUUCGUUGGUCAAUGCCACAACUUUCUGAAUUACGAGAAUUUGCUACCGAACGUUUUGGUUGGUCCGAAGCUAAAACUGAUGCUUUUCUGUUACCAGUAUUGAAAAGUCUUAAUUCAAAACAGACACAAAAAAGAAUUGAUUUCUACUUUAAAACAGCUCAUCAUCGAUCUAAUGUGAUAACGGAGAAAUUAAAAAUUAAACGCAGUAAACGCUUGAAUGAAGCUAUUAGAAAAAAUAUUCAAUUGUCGAUUGAUCAAAAAAACGAAAACGGUGAGCAAUCAAACAAUCGUCAAGGCCAACGAUCGUAUCGAAACAAAAAGCGAUCGAAAUCAAAUAAAUCCAUAGAUAGAAUGAGAAAUAAACGUCCAUCAGCAUCAUCAAUAAAUCAAACUUCCUCUUCACUUCAAACCAAUGAUAACUGUAUAUUAUCAGAAGAAUCAUCAAGUGAAUAAUUUAUUGAUUAUU